AUGACACCCUCUCAAGACCCGCCAGAGCAAGACCCCCUCGACCAACUCGACUGCACCCGCCUCCCAGAACUACAAUUUCUCAGUACAUACUGCCCCUUCACCCUCAACGCAAAACCCUGCCCCCACGGCUCAAACUGCCUACUCAAGAAAGUGUGCUACGUUCUUUGUGCUUUCCGCACCACUGGAAGUUACUGUGAUGGUGAUCAUCAAGUUUCGGCUAUCUGUCAGCAAUUCUUGACUGACAAGGGGUGUCGCUAUCGUAAGGAGGAUGAUCAUCCGUUCUUGGGCAGGAGUCAUGAUGUUGAGUUGAGGAGGUGUAUGGAUGUUAUGUUGAAGCCUCAUCAAUUGGGUCUUUAUGGUGUGGAACAUUUUUGA